AAGAUUUAGAAGGGGCGGGGUAGGUUGGGACGGUAGUUUAAUUACGUGCCUGGGAAUUGCGUCAAUUUGUACUUUAGCAUUUGAAAAAAGUGCUGUGAACGUGGAGUGGGGCUGGUGGAGAGUGAAGCGAAUGUGCGGUUUUGAAACCAGAGGACCGUAAGUUCCUCUCCCUCCAAACGAGACCGUCCCGCGGGCUCUGCGGCCGCCUCUGGACCGUCCGGAGAGAACAUGGCGGCGCCCGGAGCCCGGAGCUGCAGCCUCUCGGGCCUGCUCCCGGCUCAGACCUCGCUGGAGUACGCUCUGCUCGACGCCGUCACCCAGGAGGAGAAGGACAGCCUGGUCUACCAGUAUCUGCAGAAGGUGGACGGCUGGGAACAGGACUUGUCAGUGCCCGAGUUUCCGGAAGGAUUAGAAUGGCUGAACACAGAAGAAUCUAUUUCUGUCUACAGGGAUCUAUGUGGAAAAGUGGUCGUCCUUGAUUUCUUCACCUACUGCUGCAUAAACUGUAUUCACCUGUUGCCUGAUCUUCAUGCAUUAGAGCACACAUACUCUGAUAAAGAUGGUCUUCUGAUUGUUGGUGUUCACUCGGCUAAGUUUCCAAAUGAAAAAGUCCUGGAUAACGUUAAGAGUGCUAUUCUUCGAUACAACAUCACCCACCCUGUGGUUAAUGAUGCAGAUGCCAGCCUUUGGCAAGAACUAGAAGUUUCCUGCUGGCCAACUCUGAUCAUACUUGGACCCCGUGGAAACAUGUUGUUUUCUUUGAUUGGAGAAGGACAUAGAGAGAAAUUAUUUUUAUAUACUUCAAUAGCUUUAAAAUAUUACAAAGACAGGGGACAGAUCAGAGAUAAUAAAAUUGGAAUAAAACUCUAUAAAGAUUCUUUGCCACCUUCACCAUUGCUGUUUCCUGGCAAAGUAACAGUAGACCAUGUUUCUAAUAGAUUGGUAAUAGCAGACACUGGACAUCAUAGAAUUUUGGUCGUCUGGAGGAAUGGACAAAUUCAGUACAGCAUUGGAGGACCCAACCCUGGAAGAAAAGAUGGAAUGUUUUCAGAGUCAACUUUUAACUCACCACAAGGUGUAGCCAUAAUGGAUAAUAUCAUAUAUGUGGCAGAUACAGAAAACCACCUUAUAAGAAAGAUUGACCUAGAAGCUGAGAUGGUGAGCACUGUAGCUGGCAUUGGAAUUCAAGGUACAGAUAAAGAAGGUGGAGCUAAAGGAGAAGAGCAGCCCAUUAGUUCUCCUUGGGAUAUAGUUUUUGGAAGGUCAGGUCCAGAGGUCCAAAGAGACGACAUUCUGUGGAUAGCCAUGGCAGGGACUCAUCAGAUAUGGGCAUUCCUGUUGGACUAUGGCAGAUUACCAAAGAAAAAUGAGUUAAAAAAAGGAACCUGCCUUCGGUUUGCUGGAAGUGGAAAUGAAGAGAAUCGAAAUAACUCAUAUCCUCACAAAGCCGGUUUCGCCCAACCUUCAGGUCUUUCUCUGGCCUCAGAGGAGCCCUGGAGCUGCCUGUUCGUAGCGGACAGUGAGAGCAGCGCGAAUUUAUUUGCUUUUGGUGAUGUUGACGGAGUAGGAAUCAAUGCAAAGCUUCAACACCCACUUGGAGUAACUUGGGACAAGAAAAGGAAUUUAGUUUACGUGGCAGACUCUUACAAUCACAAGAUUAAAGUUGUGGAUCCAAAAACAAAAAACUGUACAACGUUAGCGGGAACUGGCGAUGCAAGUAAUGUUAUCGGUUCCAAUUUUACCGACUCAACUUUUAAUGAACCAGGAGGCUUGUGUAUUGGAGAGAAUGGUCAGUUAUUAUAUGUGGCAGACACCAAUAACCAUCAAAUUAAAGUGAUGGAUUUAGAAACAAAAACAGUUUCUGUGCUCCCAGUCUUCAGAUCUGAAAGUGCUAUGGUGGACGGCCCAUUCCCAGCAGAAAAACAGAAGACCUUACCCAGACUACCUAAAUCUGCUCCAGGCAUUAGACUUUCCCCGGUGGCUGCAUCUCCAGGGCAAACUCUUCAGUUCAAGCUAAGAUUAGACCUCCCAUCAGGAACAAAGCUAACUGAAGGAGCACCCAGUUGCUGGUUUCUAUCAGCUGAAGGCAAUGAAUGGCUUCUUCAAGGACAGAUACCAUCUGGAGAGAUAGAGAGCAUUUCCAGUCAACCAACAAUCUCACUGCAGAUCCCUGGGGAUUGUUUAUCACUCGAAGCCGUUCUCUCUAUCAGCGUAUUUCUCUAUUACUGUAGUGCAGACAGCAGUGCCUGUAUGAUGAAGGGGAUUUCGUUCAGUCAGCCUUUACAAAUAACCGAUACACAGCAAGACUACAUACCUCCAGUAGAACUCAAGUAUAUAUUUUAGCAAGCUGCCUAGCAUCCCAGUGCCUCCUGUCCUCCAUCCCCACCAUCACUGUGUAAUUUAUGAAAAGAAACUUUAUUUCUGCCUCUGGGUACCCAGAAACCCAUUGUUGAGUUCUAGCAACUGAUACUAAAAUAAAGCUAUGCUCCUUAUUUAUUUAUUAUAGACAAAUUCCUGCCUUCUCACUGUGUACCAGCUAAGUCAUUGACCGUGAUUUGAACCAUGAUCCUGUAAUCUGUGCUGCUAUUUGGCACAAGACUUAAGUCCACGUUAUAGGACAGAAUAUUAUCAUGAGAUAAUUUGCAGUGAAUACUGAUAACAAUAAUGAUACCAAAUUUUUUUUUUUUUUUUUUUUUUUUUUGCGGUACACGGGCCUCUCACUGUUGUGGCCUCUCCAGUUGAGGAGCACAGGCUCCGGACGCACAGGCUCAGCGGCCGUGGCUCACGGGCCCAGCCGCUUCGCGGUAUGUGGGAUCUUCCCGGACCGGGGCACGAACCCACGUCCCCUGCAUCGGCAGGCGGACUCCCAACCACUGCGCCACCAGGGAAGCCCCGAUACCAAAUAUUUUAACUAACUUUUUUACACUUAUCAAGCAGCACAUCUGAAUGUGUAAAUUGCACAAUAACUUUAAACAGAGUUAAGAUCCAGUCCACAUAUUAUAAGGACGCCUGCCAUUCAAGGUGCAAGUUCUGUUUUAGGCCCCCAAAAACGUCUUUUCAUCACAGUAGCAGCUUAAAGAGUACCUAGGUGGUAAAAAUGUUCUUUGUUCUCUUCUGCGAUUUUCUCAUUUGAGAUAUAUUCAGUCUGUUUUAAAUUAUUUGCUAUUUUAACAUACCACUAUUAAUGGUAUGUUAAAUAUUCUGUAUGUUUCUAUAUACAGAAAAUAUAUUUCUGUAUUUCUAAAAGUUAGAGUCUCUAAGGACAUACAGGCUCACUCCUUUAACUUUUUUUCUGAAUGAACAGUCUUACCAAAUAACGGAUGAGUCCACAGAAAUGUUAUGACUUUCAAGGAGAAAGGGACUUUGGGACACAUUACUGUCUGUGAUACCACUUAAAGAACUGUGACACUGAAUCUGAUGCAAAUGGGUAUGUAUGUUGUCUUAGAAGUUUACAUUUCAGUUGAAGCGUUAAAUGCAGAUGUUGUUGGGUUUGGGGGUUUUUUUGGUUCCCAUAUUCAGAAUUUAAAUUAUGAUCAUUUAUUGUGAUGUUUUUAAAAAUUACUGUCAAGCCUUCAAAGCGAAAAUUUCAAUGUGAAGCACUUUCAUGCUAUUAAUAUGUAUAGUAUAUCUUAAUAUAUUACUUUAAAAUAUUAAGGCUGAAACAUACAGUGAUUUGAUGACACUUUUUUGGUGGGUUUUUUUUUAACCUUAAAAGAAAUAGUCACCAGAAGAUAUUGAAAGGUUUUUUUAAUCAUAAUUUCUCUUUAUAACUAUUUUAAAAGCCUCUGCUUGUUUUUACUAAAACUGAUUCAACAUGUUUGUGGUUUAAUAGCUUACAAGAUUUUUAAAAACAGGAGAAUCAUAUUUGUUCAGUAAAUAUUUAUAGACAAUAUAGCAUAAUACGCCUUCUCCCUUCAAAACCAGUGCUCAAUUUGAAGUGUAAUGUUUAAGCAUGAUAAUCUGCCCAUAUCUUUAUAUGUUUUUGAACUAUAGUUUUGAACAUACUAUUCACUUCUUUUAUUCAAGUUACCUAAAUCUGAAGUAAGGAAAUGCAUAGAUCAUGACUUUCAUUUAAUUUGUAGCCUGCUAAAGAUAUUUUUAAAGAGAAGUAUUAUAAAUGUGAAGUUAAAAGGAAUUCUGUUUAAAAUCAUAUAUAAGUACCACAUAAACCUUUUCUCUCCAUAAAAAAAAUAUGUUCUGUAAUAAAAGGAUAUAUAACAUUAAUUUGCUCUUUUAUGGAGAAUAGGCCAUGGUAAUUUUUAAAUCUCAUUUUAUUAUUAUAGUUCUCACUUCCAGUUGGACAGGAUAGUUUGGCUUAAUUUUUUCCUAUUUAAGGACAAUAAUUUCACUCUCUGAAAGAAGUAUAUACAGUUUUAAAUUGUUAAUUCAGGAAUGCCUGAUAACUGUUUUUUCAGUAUUAUACACAAAUAUACACACAGUAUGUAUUUUCAUGUACACUAAAAUCCAAAAAUAUUUCUUGUUCACUUUAUCUAGACAGAGUUUUCUGUUAGUAUUAAGCUUAUGCUCUUCUUGAACAUUCUUAUUCUUAGCCAGCCACUAGUCUGCAUUGUUUUCUACAUGCAAAAUAUUAUUUAUAUGGAUUGGUAUGAUUUUUUGUAAAUCACAUUAAGCAAUAUAAAUAGGUUCCUAGAAUUUAUGACUAACAUAAAUCUCUUACAUAAGAGGAAGCACUAGAAAAUCUAUUUUUAAAAACUUUGUGAUUCCUGACUUUGUUUUCUAUAAAGAUUUCUGCAUAUUUUUUAAUUUACGCAUGAGGAAAAGCAAAAGUUAUGUUCAGUGAUAGUUUAAAAAAAGAUUUUAGUGUUAGUCACUGUAAUCAAAGUGCCGGUAACGUGGCAUUACAUACACUUAGACAUGAUACCUGGGGUCUUUGCCCUAAAUUAUUCUGCUGCUUUGUCACCAUUUUUUCUGCCACUCGUCAUGAUAUCAUUUCACAAAUGGUAGAAUUUUCUUUUCUGAAUUUGUACUCAGGAUUGAAAGCUCUGAAAAGAAUUUUGCUUAUCUUGAAAAUGCUGUCUGAAGCAAAUAUUUAACCUUUUCCCAAGGGGAAGCUUUACAGUUUAAUCACCCAUAAGUGUAACUUUGGUAAAGUUCAAUGACUAAACAAUUUUCUCCUUAACUGUUCUAAUAAUAUAUUUAGCUAUAGUGUUAUCAGGCCUGCAGAAAGCUAUAAAUCUUAAAACAGCCCAAAAAAGCUUAGUAUAUGUAGAUGAGUGUAUAUAUAUAUAUGUAUGUAUGUAUGUAUGUAUGUGUAUAUAUACUCAUGCAGAUACAAAGAUCAACUCAAUUUCUCACAUGGCCAAUAUACUUUGGAGCUAGUACCACUGAAAUAAGUUAUUCUCUGCUUGUUUUUCCAUAGUUGGAAAAUUUGCGAAGACAUGAAUAAUACAUACCUCUGUAAUAUAAUUUUCUGCUUACCCGACAUUUAGCAUUAGUUUAUAUCUGCCAAUUAAAAGCAGUCUAGCCAUUAUAUUUGGCAUCAUGUUUAAGAACAGUCAUCAAAAACUAAAUUUCAUAGCUCACGAGUUGCAUAAAAAUAUAUAUGCAGAGGGACUGUGUCAGUGGCGGAGUAUGAAUGGUGGACUUGUGAAUAUUUUUGUUUUCUACUUUUCCGUAAUUUUUUUUUAAUUGAGCAAUGGGUUAUUUAAAAAAAAAACAAACCCAACUGGGAAUGUGCUUUAAAGAUUUAAAAUGAACUGAACAGUAAGGACUUGUUCUAUAAUAGCUUUUCUAACGUCACUUUUAUUACCAAAGAUCAGAACACAGUUUAGAGCUCUUUGAUCUACCACUUCUCUUAAGUAUGUGAUCUGGUGGAGACAGAAAUGAUUAUGGCUUUUUCUGCUGGAGUUUUUAUUGUGUGAUGUAGCAUAGCGUUUAUGAGCACGGACUUUGCAGUCGCUUGGAUUCUGCCCUGUAAACUGGGGUUGCUAUACCUGCCUUAUGGAGUUGCUGUAAGGACUCAAUGAAAUAGCGUUUGUAUAGCAGUUAGUAAAUAAUGAAACUGCUAGUUAUUGGCCUAGUUAAUAAUAAUGUUAAUAACUUAUGUCUGUAAACACAUGGCUUCACAUUUUCUUUGCAACCACAGUUUCUAAAGGAAACGAAUUUCUCUAUCAACCGUUUGGUAUUUAAUACUCUCCCUAGAGUUGGAAUUCAAGAAGAGAAGGUUUUAUAAUAAACAUAUUACUAUUUUAUAAACGUUGUUAUAAAGAAACACCUACAGUUUUGUUUUUUUAAGACCUGGAACUGAGUAAUAAACUUCCUUAGAGGGUCCAGACAUACCCUAAACCACAUUCCUGGAACAUACUCUGACGGUGCUUUCCUAAAUCUUCCAAGUGCCUUCAUGCAUUUUGCCUCAUUUGAGCUUCCGAAUAACCUUAUGAAUCAGACAGGUAGAUCUUAUGUCCAUUUUACAGAUGAGGAAGCAGCUUUAGAAGGCUGGCAGCGUGUCUCAAGAUCAGCGCUCCCCGAGUAACGGCUGAUGCUGGAGUGGUGCCUGGUGCAGUCAGUUGCUCAGCCAGUUUUGUUGAAUGACUAAGGGUGACUAGUGAGUGAUGGACCUUUUAUCUGAACACAGAUCUCCUAAUUCCUAGCUGUACUCCUACAUGUAGAGUGAAAACAGACUGGGAUUAAGAGUACUUACUUUUGUGAAUGCUUUCUUAAGCCUUUGGCAGUACUUAAAGUAAUAAUAGCUAAAUUUAUUCAGUGCUUACUACGUGCCUGACACUUUUCUAAGUGCUUUCUGUGUAUUAACUGAUUUAAUCCUCACAACCACCUUAUGAGGGCGGUACUAUUUUUCCUUAUUUCCCUGAUGAAGAAACUGAGACAUAAAGAAGUUAUAAGCAGUUACACCAGUGUAAUGGAGAUCACACACUUAGGACUGGCCGAGCACGGGUGCGUCUACUCAGCUACCGUGCUGUGAUGCCUGCCUCUCAAUUUUUUUUUUUUU